AUGUUCCUGUUUCCUUCUGAUGCAUCCUCUUCACAAUGGCCAUCCGGAUUAGUUAAGGACAUAUCACCCAAAAUAUUUUCUACAGCUAAACACGACCACCAACACGAUGAACAAUCCUCUCCAAAACAUGCUAUGGAUCAAAAGCUUCUAUCUCAUGCUGCUGUCAUUGACAUGUAUUAUCUAUAUCUACAAAUAAAUCCGUUUGAUUUGGGUAUUCAAAGGAAUCAAAAUUCCGUAGCUUUACUUGUAAUAUUUUAUUGUUUGGUCUUUGUACUGGAUAAUUCCAAUAAAAUUUUUCAUCUCAAAUAUAACAAACCAACCGAGCAAGAAGUAGCUAGAGAUAUAGAAUAGUAUUAUUAGAUCUGAAACCUAGAAACAUUCUAUUCUUUCCAAUAAAAAUAAAAGCGUAAACCAUUACCAGCCUAAUAAGAAUGGGAAACCAAAUAAAUAAAGAACAUAUUACUGGUCCAUAAUUUUAAAGACGCCUUUUUUUGCUGCUGAUGACCAAACUUCUUAACAAUAAACUAGCUUAAAGGUCACCUUUACGCUACUUUUAAUCUUCAUAAUAUGUCGGUGCCUGACCUUUAUGGUUCCAUAUAAAGAAUAUCAAAAUAGAUAUGCAGUUUUAAAAAACUUUCUUUUUAUAUAUCAAGUCAGAUAAGUAUAUCUAAAGUGCUAACAAACCUUACCUGCAGCACCCCCACCCACAAUUCUGCUAGUUGACUCUAGUCAUUCCACUAUCUGUGAAGGU